UUUAAGUAAAACUAUGGAAAAACUUUGACCAGAUCUACUUAAUUUUUUUAACAUAGGUGAGAAAUCAAAAGUAUUAGGGAAAUUUCAAUAAAAAUUUCAAUUUAAAAUGCAUGUUAUCCACCUGGCAGACUGCUAUAAUAGUUUACCUUAUGCGGUCAUGAGUCAGCAAGUUACUUUAGCAUGUACCUAAUUGUAAAUGUAUAAAUAGUCCCAUUGACUUCAGUGGCAUUGUUCUUAUGCUUGAAGUCUAGGCACAUGCUUAAGUACCUUUCUGAACUGAUGACCCUCAUUCAACUAAAUAUUUAUGCAUGUUCUAAAUUCAAUCCCUAUUCAACAAAGCACUUAAGCAUGUUAAGCAUCUACUUAAAGUUAAGCAUAUGUUUAAGUGCUUGCAGAAUAGGGAUAGAUUUAAGUGCAUGCUUAAAUUAGGCAUGUGCUUAAGUGCAUUAUGGGGACUACGUUAGAAUGCAGCAUUACUACUAGCUUCCUGUAGGUGGAUCCACCCAUGUAAAGUCCCAUUGACUUUGUGGGAUUUUGUAUAGGUGCCAAGUGUAAAGACGGGAGGAUAUCUCUGCAGGAUUAGGGCCUCAUUGCUCUGUAAUAUCGACCUUCAUGGCUAGUUCAUGUUGCAACAGCAAUUUAAAAACAUAAAUUAUGUUUUCCCUAAAAUCAGCUGUGUAAAUGUAUGCCUAAUUUGCAUGCACAGUUACUGUGGUUAUGUAGGUAAAUAUCUGUUCAGCUGCAUAACUGACAAUUUGUGCAAGCAAAUACCUGCUUUUUCAUGAGCAGUCAUGCAAAUCAGGCAUUAUAACUUCACAUGCUAUCGCAUGUCUAAUUUUAAAACAAGGCUUGUAAAGCGCUAUAUUCAUGCUAAAUACAAUUUUGGCUUUAGAUCAGAUAUGUUUUUAAAAAGUUACGGAAGAAGUUACUUUGAAGGUAAUUUUCAGACACUGAUAAUUUGAUUUUAUUUUUCUCUUUAAGAUAGCAAUGUGGGUUGGUCUGUUGUACAUUAUGGACCAAAGUUUCACAGAAUGUAUCUUAAAGUUAAAUAGCUGUGUGUUUGAUUAACAGGAGUGCAACAUAAAUUUUAGAUGAAAUUGUGUUUUUUAUUUCUUUCAUUCAACAUCUAUUCACAUUAAAAUUGAGUUUAUUUACAUUUAUUUUCUUUUGGACAGAGCAACUCAAAUACAUUCUAGAGCUGCAAAUUGUGGUGCAUAUUUUCAAAACAUUCUUUUAGUCAAAUAACUCCGUGGGCUUUAAUGGGAAUUGCACUGCCAAAACUUUUCAUAGUGCUUUGAAAAUUUACCCCAUAUUUUACUUUUAAAUCAGGAGUCCUUUUGUAUGUAUUCAUUAUAAACUCCUGAAGUUAGAGAUCUGUAAUGAAAAUGUAUGUGCAAAUUGAAGUACUACCAGAAGAGUACUGUUAUAGUACUUAUAAAGUUCAUUAUUGUAGAAAGCCAUUAACACCUCUAAAUUGCAUGGGGUAAUGUAUGAGGGCUGUUUUAUGGUUACUUUGGCAAUUUGGUGCAGAUUAUGAAGUCCUUAAUUAUUUAGUGUGAUUAGGAAUUCUCUGACAGUUUUUCAGUUCACUGUUUAGAUUUUGUGGUGAUUUAAUUCCCUUAAAUUGGAAAUCAGUAUUUGCAUUUAGCAAAUUGUUUAAAUAUUAUAGAGUUUAAUAUUCUGAAGAUUUCUUAGCCCAGCAUUUUUGUUAUAACUAUACAUAUAACCAUCAUUCAUUCAGAUGAGAAAUUAUUUUAAUAAACUAUUGGCAUGACAACAGGGGGAGUUUGUUAGUCACAGUUGCAAUAUAUAUGAAAGUGUAGUGCAUUUAGAAGGGAAACGUAAUUUAGCAACUAUCUCAGUAAAUUUACAAUUAGACGACAAGAAACUUAAGUCUUGUAGUCCCAGUUACAUUGAGACAACCUAGAAAGAGAAACAGUGCAGGUCUUUUUUUUCUCCUAUUGACUCUACCUGCAGUACAGAGUUUGUAUGGGGUCAUUGGUAAUUUUUAUAUUUAUUUAUCAAAAGCAGGUAGCAGCCGUAAAAGAAAAGGGACAGAUUUCAAUUAGCACAUACUUUUUUUUUUUUUUUUAACUAAUUUGGUUAUUUGCCAUUUCUGGGGAUUAAACUUUAAAAAAUGUUCUUCUUUUCUGUAUCUGAUGUUCUGUGUGCUAUUAGUGAUGCAGCCUACACGAACGGUUGUCAUGUGUAACACAACUUUCGAUCACCGCGAAAACACCGCCCUGGGAAAGCGUCCAUGCUUGAUAUCGUUUGGUUCAUGAACAUUAAGUUUCCAGUACAGGUAAAAUCCCAGAUGAAGCCAAAGCCCUCUCUUUAUUGGCUCCUGCUCCUACUAUGACAAGCCUGAUGCCUGGUGCAGGGUUGCUUCCUAUACCCACACCAACUCCUCUGACUACUCUUAGUGUUUCACUUGGCACGUUGGGAGCUAUACCAGCAGCAGCACUGGACCCUAAUAUUACAGCACUUGGAGAAAUACCACAGCCACCAAUUAUGGGAAAUGUGGAUCCUUCCAAAAUUGAUGAAAUUAGGAGAACAGUCUACGUUGGAAAUCUGAAUUCUCAGACUACAACAGCAGAUCAGCUGCUUGAAUUUUUUAAACAAGUUGGAGAAGUGAAGUUUGUGCGAAUGGCAGGUGAUGAGACACAACCAACACGGUUUGCUUUUGUGGAAUUUGCAGACCAAAAUUCUGUACCUCGUGCUCUUGCCUUUAAUGGAGUUAUGUUUGGAGACAGGCCACUGAAAAUAAAUCACUCCAAUAAUGCAAUAGUGAAACCUCCUGAAAUGACUCCACAAGCUGCUGCCAAGGAGCUGGAAGAAGUGAUGAAGAGAGUAAGGGAAGCCCAGUCUUUCAUAUCGGCAGCUAUUGAGCCAGAGUCUGGAAAGAGCAGUGAAAGAAAAGGCGGUCGAUCUCGUUCCCAUUCUCGUUCAGAGUCCAGAUCUAGUUCAAAAUCCCGAUCUAGAAGGAAAAGAUCACACUCAAAACGCAGGAGUAGAUCACACAAUAGAUCACUCUCUAGUCAGAAGGAUAGGCGUAGAUCCAAAAGUCCUCCCAAAAAACGUUCCAAGUCUAAGGAAAGGCGGAAGUCAAGAAGUCGUUCUCGUUCCCGGGACAAGAAAAAAGACAAAGAAAACAAAGAAAAGGUCAAGGAAAAAGAAAAGGUCAAAGGGAAGGACAAGGACCGAGACAGGGAGAAGGAGAGAGACCGAGAUAAAGAAAAAGAGAGGGAGCGGGACAGAGACAAAGAGAGAAACAGGGACAAGGAUAGGGAGAGAGAUAAAGAAAAAGAUCGGGACAAGGACCGAGAGAGGGACAGAGACAAAGAAAAGGAGAGGAACAAAGACCGGGAGAGGGUCAAGGAUAGGGAGAAGGACAGGGACAAAGAGAAGGAUAGGGAGAAGGACAGGGACAAGGAGAAGGAGGUAGUCCGGGACAAGAAGGAAACGGACCUGGAGAAAGGGGGGGACAGGGACAAGGAAAAGGAUCGGGAGAAAGAGGGGGAAAGGGAGAAGGUUAAGGAGAAGGACAGGGAGAAAGACAGAGAGAAGAAGGAGGGUGACAAGGAGAAGGACAAAGACAAGGAAGGGGACAAAGAGAAGGAACGGGAAAGAGAAAAAGAGCGGUCCAAAGAGAGCGAUGAUAAAAAGAAGAAAGAGAAGAGAUCCAGAACACCUCCUAGAAGCUACAGUUCUCUAAGAAGAUCUCGUAGUUCCAGCAGAGAAAGGCGUAAGAGGAAGAGUAGAAGUCCUUCCAAGUCUCCAAAAACAUCCAGAACAUCAAAGAGAAAGUCCUCUCGGUCUCCAUCACCAAGGAGAAAUAAGAAGGACAAAAAGAGAGAGAAAGAAAAGGAUUCAAAUAAUGAAAGAAAAGAGAGAGAGCAAUCCACAUCCAAGAAAAAAAGUAGCAAAGAAAAAGAUGGGAAGGAGAAGUCUGACAAAACCACUACUACACUGAAGGACAAAGAUCACACUAAAGAGGAUCCAAAUUCAGAAAUUAACAAGGCAGUAGACAACAAUGAUACACAAAGGACAGAGGAAGUCAAACUACAACAGAAUGGGAACUGUCAACCAAAUGAAGAAAACCUCUCAGUUAAAAUGGAAGAGGUAUAAAGUAAUGAAUGGACCUCUGACUCAACUGUGGGGUGAAUCCAAAGCUUUUUAUUUCCCUGAAAGAGGAAGAAAACAUCAAAGCAAUCUACUGAGCAGGUUGAUAUGUACUAGUAGCUCUUCCAAUCCUUGUGAUAGCUUUGUUGUCUUCUUGCUGGAAAGCAAGAAAGACCAUGGACCAGUAAUAUAUGCCAUGAUAAAGGCAAAUGCCAUCAGAACUAUUCAUCUGUGAGAAUCCAUGCAUUUCCAUGAUGGCUGUACUUAUUUGUAAAAUGAUUUAUGUUAACUUUUGCCAAGAACUGUUUCAAAUAAGUGGAAGUUGAAAGAUGUAGACCUGUAUAAGCUGGCGGUAUGCAUUGGAAGUUGUUAAAAUAUUGCUAGUUAAUGAAUUUUGUAUUGUUUUUCCUUGUGUUUUUUUUUUUUUAAUUUCAAUGUGUACUGUUCUGAUAAUGUGCUUGGAAAUGGUGCAAAAAUACACACUUUCCCUUCUACAUGACAGCUAUGGAAAAAAGGGUUUUUACUUUAGUACAUAGUUUUGCUGUUAUUGCGUUAAACGCCCACUGACUAUUAAGUUUUCAUUUGCUCACUGCUUGGAUUCAUUUUUUCUUAUUUAAAGUCAUUUUCUUAUUACUAUCCCUAAAAUGAAUAUUUCUUUUAAUAGUAGUUGAACAAGGCAUGCUACUGUCCUAUUUAUAGAAGGAACAACCACCAUAUUGUAUAUAAUAGUUUAGCUUACUGGGUUUCUUCCCCCUCUCCUACCCUCAAAAGUGAGCACAUCUGUAUAGUGGUAUCAGAACUUCUGGUUUUGUUUUGAGCCAUAUUGCAGUGGGUCUGUUCAGCUGCAUAUGGUUCAGGUGUCAUGAAAAUCAAUACCCCUGUUUUCAAAAUAGUAUAUGGGAGCACAAGCUAAAGCUUUAGUGCCUUCUUAAAAUAUGGUAUAUUUUCUGGAACUUUAUAUAUGCUAUUAAUUUUCAAUUACAUCUUACAUAAUCUCGAUGGCUGUUCUACCAACACCACACCAGUAGACAAGAAUGUGAGUGGUUUGUCAGAAAAGCUGUGCUGGGUUCACUUGGUACAAGAUUGAAGCUCCAUUUUUAAGAAGAGAUUUAUAAAUGAAUGCAAAAGUGCAGUUUGGAGACCAUCGUACUAUGAAGUAUGGUAACUGAAUACAGAGCAUGCUCUAAUUUCAUCAAAAUCAAAGGGAGCUCUUUAAACCUUUUCUGUACAUUGAAUGGCCUUAAUCAUUACCUCUCAAUCAUCUUCUCUAAUGUUGGUUGUGUGAUGUGAAAGGAAUUGUGUGCAAAGUUUGUUUGAAAAGAAUAGUAGUUGAAUUUACAUUAGAGUUAUAUGAUAGAGAUUCUAUGUCCUUCUUGGAUCCAUUCUUUGGGGAGAAAGCAUGUAACUUGAGAGAAUGACACACUGCAAAUAUUUUGUCAAGUAAAAAUGUGACUUGUGCUCUGAAGUAAUCUCAUCAUUGUAAGAUUUCUUAAAAGUCAGACCUUUAAAACUUGUUUAAUACUAAAAUCAAGUAGACUUAUUUUUAAUACAGUGUAAUACAAUCAAAAGACUUAAUUGCCUUACCUCAUGGGAAGAGUUAUUUCUAUCAAUUUUAAAAGCUAAGUAGCAUAUUAGUUAGUUACUUUCAAUUUGAUUUUCCUUUUUAAAGUUAAUACUUACAGAAGCCUAAGUGUUUUAUGGGGAAUGAAAAGUUGCCCACUUUAUAAGGUAAUGAAACCCAGUUUGUGCAGCUGCUUAAUCACUCUUUAUUUUUGUUAGGAUUUGAAGUAUCUCGCCAUUGUGUACCAUUAAAACUAUAGAAAAUGCUUUACCGUGUAAAGUAUAAAUGGUCAUUUUUGUGAUGUUUAAGCCACAUGCAGUUGGCUGGUGAACAGCUUAUUCCAAUAAAAGAAUGACAAAUCUGUAUGCUUAUAGAAAGACUGUGAAGGAUCAGGUCUUGCAACAACAGCUGUCUUAUUUAUGUGUAAGUAGCAUAGAGCAAAGAUUGUUUGUAUACUUGUUAUCUUUGGUACCAUUUCACUAAUAAAAUUAAGUAUUUUA